AUGUUUGUUGUACUUUCUCUCUCCUUAGCGUCUCUAUGCCAUGGAGCGUGUGUGGAGGUGGACUCUGACACUGACGCAGUGGUCAAUGAAGGCUUUAAGCUGGGCUGCAUCUCCUGUAAGAUGAGGGGCGAGGUGCCCGCCGAGGCCACUGUUGAAUGGUCCUUCAUGCCCAAAGGGGAGAGCGAGUUCACAAAAAUCUACAGCUACGAGGAUCUAAUGAGUGACAUUCCAGACGAGCGCUUCUACGAGCGUCUGGACUGGAACGGCAGCAAGAAGACCAAGGACCUGCAGGACGGCUCCAUCUACAUCCUGAACGUGACGUGGAACGACACGGGCACCUACCGCUGCAUCUUCAACCGCACCCUCACCUUCACCUCCUACGAGUUCCACACCAACGCCACCAAGAUCGUCCACCUCAACGUGGUGCCAAGACUGACCAGGGGGAUAGCGUCCAUCUUGUCUGAGGUGAUGAUGUAUGUCACCAUCAUUGGGCUGCAGGUAUGGCUGGUGGUAGAGAUGAUUUACUGCUACAGGAAGAUAUCAGCACAAGGCGAGGAAGCAUUGAGAGAGAGCGCGGCGGAGUACUUAGCUAUAGCUUCAGGGAGUAAAGAGAACUGUGCAAUGGUGGCAGUGACAGAAUAG